AUCGUGUCCGCCUGCCCGCCAUUGUUGGUAUCAAAACAAAAAUUGAAACAAUUUAGAAGAUGAGCAAGAGAAAGGACAAGAGCUCCUCCGGGCCGAGCCCGAGCUCGUCGAUGACGACGCGGAGCAGGAUGAGCGUCGACAGAAAAGUGCAAUAUCGAAAUUUCCUCGAAGGGUUUUCAAAACUCGAACUUGAAGGUGCCAGCAUGGAUGAGAAGAUGGAGUACACCACCAAUGUCAUCAAGGAGGCCGACGAGCUGCUGCAGCAGGGCUCCAUGGAGGACCGAGUCAAGAACCCAACGGAGAGCUUCCUAGCGUCCCGGGUGCUCCGAGCGGCCAGCCAGAUGGCGGCCACGUGCGCCGCCGGCGUGUCCGGCGCCGUGCACGUGUACGACCGCCGGGAGCUCGCCGCGCAUAUUAAAGAGAAGCCAGAAUUCUGGAACGUCCUGUUCCCGCUGGAGACUCCGGUGACUUGUUCGCUGUUCGGGGCCGUGGAGGCCGCGCCGCCCGAGCAGCGCCCGCGCGUCGAGCGGCGGCGCGCGGAGCGGCAGGCGCUCGCCGAGAAGAAGGCCCCGGCCAAUGUCGACAAAAUGGACAAGACAGAGGAGGGCGCAGAGAUGGUGGCCCGCGUGAAGCGCUUCGUCACCAAGACCUUCCAGCGCACCGGAGCACCCCUCAGCUACUUCCACACGGUGCUCGACCCGGGCAGCUUCGCGCGCUCUGUGGAGAACGUCUACCAUCUCUCGUUCCUGGUCAGAGAGGGUGCUGUCUCCUGCCACGUGGAUGAAGAGCACGGGCUGCCCUUCAUAGCGCCCGUGACGGAGGAGGCUCGCGGCGGCGGCCUGGCGAAAGAACAUCAGUUCAUAGUCAGCCUGGAUAUGCAGAGGUGGCAGGACCUGAUAAAGGCGUUCAACAUCGACCAACCGAUGAUGGUGCUCAAGCGAUAGUGGCCAAAGAACCAUAUAGCGGUUACCUCGCCGGUGAGCGAGACAACGCUAUGUGUAUAUCCCACUCACACACCGGAGUGACGUGGGUAUCGGCAUCCAAUGUGAAGACCGCUUGCAGAUUGUUCUGUGUGGAGUUACUAAAAUGAAACUAUGCUAUAUAAUUAGGAUUGAACUAUAACAAAUGUGACAUUUUUUGCCAAAAGGUGCUUUGGUUGUCAAUUAUAACAUUUAAUUUCAUCGUUGUCUUUAUGUCAGAAGGGUCGUUUGGUUGAUAACGACACAUUAUCUUGAAAAUGUAUAGUUUUGUUAUUGUUAGCACUGAAUUGAUUGUGCAAUUUUGUAUUUGGUCGCCUGUUGAUAUAUGUAGGUAGCCUGUCAAACAACUUAAUCAGUAGAAAAAGGCGCGAAAUUCAAAUUUUCAAUGGGACGAUAACGCUUCGCUCCGACAUUUUUUAAAUUUGCCGUUUUUUUCUACUGACGGAAAUGGCUUGACAGACUAACUAGUGAUUUUAUUGAUAGUUAUUACUUAAUUAAGUCUCUUGGCCAAAGAUGAGCAAAUAAAUCGAGAGGUUUAACCUCUUUCCUAAAAUUCCUUUUUAGUUAAGUUUUGUGCCUAUAUUUCGGAGUUUAAAAGUUGAAACGAAAGUUUUCGCACGCUCAUAUAAUAUUUACCUAUACGUAUAGAUACUCAAACUUUGUCAGUAGAAAAAGGCGCGAAAUUCAAAUUUUCUAUGAGAAGUCAACUCGUCACGCCUACCUUUAAAUUUGCCGCCUUUUUCUACUGACACACCAUCUUGUCAGAGUAUAAAAUGCAAGCAUAAUAUAUAGCGCUCUCUAUAAAAUAAAACACUCCGUUGUAUCAAAGAUAAUUUAGACUAGAGGAAUAUUGUCAAAGUAAAUUAUGUAGUCAGUACAUUUACUGCCAUCUUUCGACACAAAUGAUUAACACCUUUAGAACGCCAUUUGACUUUGAUCCUUAUUAUUUCACUGAUAUGUGUUAAAUUUGUUUAAUGUCAAAAAUUAUCGCCAUCUACUCGACAGUAGGCCAAAGGUAUGGUGCCAUCGCUCGACAAGAUGGCACCAUACCUUUGGUCUAUCCUCGAGUAGAUGGCGAUACUUUAAAAAAAAAAUUAAAUAUCUAUUUCAAUUUCUCUUUGGUUGUAUGAAAGUCAAAUCUCGAUAUAUUUACUCUUUUCUGGUUGCUCUUAGAUAAUGUGAUUAUUGUUGUUUUCAUUCCAAGCAUGUGUCAGACUGGGUCUCAUAUGCUACGCGAAGGCGGUGUGACGCUGGUCAUAUUUUUAUACCAAUUCAUAUUUUUCUAUCUUCGAAUUUAAAUAAGGUAAAUACGGGUAAGUGUGGCUGGCCCUCACAUUGGGGCCUGUUUACACAU